AAUUCAACUUUAUUCGACUUGGUGAGAGAUAUGCAUGGGGAAUCUUAUCAAGAAUUCAUGUCAAGUAAGCUGGUUCCUGUACCUGGAAAUAUUGGUGAAUCAAAUCUUGGAAUGAAUCCUGAUUUAAUGAACGAAAUUGCAAAAGAAGUAGAUGUUAUUAUAAAUUCAGCAGCCAAUACAACAUUUGAUGAGAGAUUUGAUGUUGCUGUGAACAUAAAUACAAAAGGACCAUCUCGAAUACUCAAUUUCGCAAAGCAGUGCAAGAAACUUUGUUGUUUCAUACAUGUAUCAACCGCAUACGUUACCAUGGGAAACUUAGGCGAGAAUCUCAUCUCCAAAACCUCACCAUUAUCACACCCUCCUGUGGAUGUUGAUGCCGAAGUGAAGUUGGCUUUGGAUUCAAGUCUUGCUUUUCACGGAAGUGCAGAAGUUACUCAGAAAAUGAAAGAAAUGGGUCUAGAAAGGGCAAAAAGUUGUGGUUGGAAAAAUGUUUAUGAGUUCACCAAGGCAAUGGGAGAAUUAGUAAUUGAUGAAAACAGAGGAGAAAUCCCAGUUGCUAUUGUUCGUCCAAGCAUUAUUGUAAGCACUUUUAGAGAGCCUUUUCCUGGAUGGAUACAAGGAAACAGGAUGGCUGACCCAAUUGCUAUGGCAUAUUGCAAAGGCCACCUUCCUGCAUUCCUAAACCCUGAAACAGUCAUAGAUAUACUGCAAUUGAGAAGAUACUACGAGCAGCACCUGAGGUUGGCAAAACCUAUGGCUGCUUUUGGUUGA